GGUACCGCCAGGCCGCAAGUCACUAUAAGCAUAUGCGCGCAUGCAGGAACGAAGACAACAGACUCGCCAUAUCGUGGUAGGCAGUCUAUUACUUUCAAGGAACAGCUGGGCUGUCCACAGGUUUUAUAUGCGCAUGCAACGAUGAUGAGCCGCCUCUGCGGGUGUACUUGGAUCGAUGCUGGCUGGCUGUUUGAGUGGCUCCCAACUCGACUGCACAAGGGCAGUUGGGCAUGCCAGUCAGUGCCUGGUGGUGGUCUGGCCAAUGACAGCAGCGUCCUUGUGGCUGACCAGUGGGGACCACCCGCUACAGGUCCUGCUGGCCCUGCUGCGAGAGGCCUUGGCCCGACCCGGGAACGACCGAGCUUUUUCCGCCUCUGCGUUGCAUGAGCCAUCUUUUUGCCCGCCAGUGAGCUCUGCCACCACCAUCACCACCCGUGCUGUCGCAGUCCCCCUCAAAGGCCAAUUGACGCCGCCCGCCUCCCAUCAUGUCCUCCAGAACGGCUCUUGCCCGAGGCGCCCAGCUCGCCGCCCGGCACGGCCUCCCCGCCCAGCGCCGUGCCUACGCCGCCGCCGCCAACCCGGCCUCGUUCGACUUCGACGCGGCCGACGUCGCUGGCAUCAAGGUUGCUGCCCGCGACUCCCACGGCCCGACCACCAAGCUCGCCGUCGUCGCCAAGGCCGGUACCAGAUACCAGCCCGCCCCCGGCCUUACCAUCGGUCUUGAGGAGUUCGCUUUCAAGAACACCAACAAGCGUUCCGCCCUCCGCAUCGUAAGGGAAGCUGAGCUUCUCGGCGGUCAGUUGAAUGCUUACCACACCCGCGAGGCCCUCGUCGUCGAGGCCAGCUUCCUGCGCCAGGACCUUCCUUACUUUGCCGAGCUCCUCGCCGAGGUUGUCUCUGAGACCAAGUACACCACCCACGAGUUCCACGAGGACGUUGAGCGGGUGCUCAAGCUCAAGCAGGCCAAGGUUGCCGGUGACGUUGCCGCCCUCGCCCUCGACUCUGCCCACUCUGUCGCCUUCCACACCGGCCUCGGCGCCUCGCUCUACCCGACGCCUACGACCGCGCUCAAGAACUACCUGAACGAGAACUCCAUCGCCGACUUCGCCAAUGCCGCCUACGCCAAGUCCAACAUCGCCCUCGUCGCUGAGGGCGCCUCAUCUAGCAACGUUUCCAAGUGGACUGAGCAGUUCUUCACCUCUGUCCCUUCGGGCUCUGCGCUCAACUCCAAGGCCACCACCUACUACGGUGGUGAGCAGCGUACUGCGCACGUUGGUGGCAACUCGUUCGUCAUUGCCUUCCCUGGCUCUGGCUUUGCUGCCCCCAAGCCCGAGGUUGCCGUCAUCUCUGCCCUCCUCGGCGGCCAGCCCAACGUCAAGUGGUCGUCUGGCUUUAGCCUGCUCUCCAAGGCGGCCGCCAACUCUCCCGGUGCCACUGCCGUUGCCAGCAACUACACUUACUCCGAUGCCGGUCUUUUCGCCGUUCAGAUCAACGGCACUGCCUCUGCCGUCCGCUCGGCCGCUCUUGAGGCUGCCAAGGCUAUCAAGUCGAUCGCCGAGGGCACCGUCUCCAAGGAGGACCUGACCAAGGCUAUCGCCAAGGCCAAGUUCGACGCCCUGGAGGCCAGCGAGUCUGGCCGUGCCACCCUCCUCGCUGCUGGAACCGGAAUUGUCCACACCGGCUCGCCUGUCCAGAUUGCCGCUGCCGUCAAGGCUAUUGACGGCGUCACCGCCGACAAGAUCAAGACUGCUGCCAAGGCUCUUGUUGACGGCAAGGCGACCGUUGCUGCCGUCGGUGAUUUGCACGUUUUGCCGUAUGCCGAGGAGCUCGGCCUCAAGACCCAGCUCAACGCUCACUCUCAUGUUGUUCGAUAUUGCGGCCAACCCUGGCCCGACGUGCAACAGGCCUGCACGCACACCAAAUGCACCAAAAGCAAACUCGACAUCACCCUCUCCUCAGCGAAAACCACAACCUCCUCCACCACCAACACCCCCGCACAAACCGUCAUCAUGGUGUUCGCCUGGAAAGCCGCUGGCAUCAGCUACAACCGCUACCUCGCCGUCGCCUCGCGCGUCGUUCGCCGCAGCCUGAAGGAGGACAAGAGAAUCGUUGCCGAGCGCCGCGGAGAGAUGGACCUCCGGUUCGCCAAGUGGUCGAACGGCAAGAUGGGCGAGGUCCAGAACCUUGCCAAGGCCAACACCGUCGCCGCCACCGAAGCCGCUUCCUCGUAGAAUGGCUGAAAUGCAGCCUCGACGGACAAUGAGCGGCAAGGAUAGAGGGAAUGAGAGUGUGAGGGAAUGUAGGCUCUCUGGAUGAGAAUGGUGUCCCGUUCAGGGAGAGCAAGCAGGCAGCUGGGGCGUAAAAUGCCUCUACCUACCUCUUUGCAGUGUACAGCUGUAUAAAAUCCAAAAUUCAAACUUCCCAUUUGUCGCG